ACCACUUGGAUCAAGCCGCCAUGAUGGACGGCGGGCACAACGGACUCAUGGCGCGCUUCGACAGCCGGCGGGCGACAUUCUUCUUCCCUCCGCACCGACGGGCCUCCCUGAGCGUAGCUCGGCCCUGCUGAGGCUCAAGCCCUCCCGCUUUUCUCGACCUCAAGAUGCGCGGCGCAUCGUCCAUUCGUUAUAUGCUCCGCAGCGGCGGCGCGCGCUUCUGCACGCUCAUUGUCAUCAUGGUGCUCGGCACUUUGUACUUCCCAUCCUUCCCCUCGCACUCGGAAGAUGAGGGGCUCGAGGCCCUCCAGCCGACGGAAAACAAGACGCUCUCGGAGAAAGCGGAGAAGGCGGUCGAGCUCGCGCUCUCGGACACGAGCUCUGCGCGCGGCCGGCACCGCUGUCCGACCCCACGAUCGUCCAAGACGCGCGCGAUCGACCACGGGAAGCAGACGUGUGUGCCGCUGGGGUCGCCGUCGGCGGUGUUCGCGGUGUCGCUGUGCUACGAGCGCGACGCGUAUGACGCGUUCACCGUGCGCGUGCGGCGGCUCGACCAGAAGGCGUGCGCGGUGAUCGAGGAGCGGGGGCCGCAGGUGGACGACGAGGAGGUGCGGAAGCUGGUGAGGACGACGCGCGGGCCGGAUACCUUCUGGCUGCGCGUCGAUGGGGCGGAGCGCAUCAGCACGCAGUCGAGCGCGUACGAGGGAGGGUGCUCGUACAGGUUUGACGUGCCCGUGAGGAACGCGGGUGAUCUCUAUGUGGACUUGUGGCACGCAUAUGAGGAAUACCAGGGAUUCGUCGAGACGGACGACAUGCGUUCACUGCCAUGGCCACCACUCCUCCAACAUCCUCUCCUCUCGCAGACCCUCCGUAUCCCCUGGGGCUCCUCCGACUGCCGCCCGUACACCGUACCACCGAUCUUCGACUCCCACCGCGCCGAAGUGCCCGCGCCCCUCGCCCCCGCGGACCACGCUCUCGACGAUCUCCCCUCCUGCGCGGGUCUCGACCCCAUCCAUGGCGCCUACUACCCUGCGCACCCGCUCGAUGUACUCUGGCCGGAGUGGAACUACCCGCAACCGCAUGGGAGACCCGUGGGCGGGCGCUACCGCUUCAUGCCGCACGACUGCGAGUGGCGGCAUGCGGGGAUGCGCCCGGCGAGCGCGCAUAGGUGUACGAGAAGGAAGAGCAGCGUGUAUGUGCUGGGGGAUAGCCAUGGGCGGUUAAUGUACGACGGGAUGGUGUUCAGGCUGAACGGGACGCGGGGGGUGAUGCAUUCUUCGCCGAAGAUCGAGUUCAAGACUGCGAAGGUUGGGCAGGUCGACUUUGCUUUCCAAUGGGACCCUCGCGGCGAACUCAUGGUCACCGAGCUCGACCAGAUAUGCGCGACGCUGAUCGAGCGCAGGGUAGAUGUCUUCUUCGCGAGCAUCGCCUUCCAUCUCGCCAUCGACCAGCCCGCACACGUCUUCCUCGCCCGCCUCGAGCAGCUCUUCGACGCCGUCGACCGCUGCAAGCAGCCCGCCGCGCACGGCCACCGCAGAUCCCAGACCGCCUACGCCGGCCCCCGCACCCGCGUCCUCCUCGCGCCCGCCGCCAUGGCCCCGCGCCAGGACGCCGCGGCCGCGAACUCGCGGCAGAAGUCCACGAACGCGCGGCACGCGCACUGGACCGCGCUCGCUGCGCCGCUGGCGCGCGCGCGCGGGUGGGCGCUGCUCGACCAGUUCGCGCUGACGGAGCCGAUGGCGUGGGAGCCCAUGUUCACGGAUCGGCUGCACUACUUGUUGACGGACGCGCAUGAGGCGAUUGUGGACGAGGCGGUGGGGCGGACAGGGUUGUGCCCGGAGGAGUAGUGUGGGCAUUGCGAUUUGGUGCGGGUGCGAUGUAUGUAUCUUUGAUAUCCGGUCUCGUAUAUACCUGGUGGUCUUGGCUAAUGUGUACAUUGAUGAGUAUGAUGUCUGGUUGAGAUUGCUCUGCUUCUUGUCCUCACUUGUCACUCCUUC